GGAGCUUGCUGUGAUUGUCGAGAGUGAGUGCGCGUCAAAAACGUGACUGCGCCGUAUGCGCGCGCUACUCACAAGAAUGCGUGUCUGCUCGGCUUAUUUCUCUCCACCUUUCAGCUGAGAAAGGGCUAUAUAGGGAGAAGGGGAAGAGGUUGUCGAGGGAAAUAAAUUAGCUUCAAAACCACAGAAGGCAGCCACGGAUGGAAGGCUUUGGAUUGGCAAAGGGGCAGAGCAGAUACUAGAAUAAAUUAAACCCGAGUCAAUCCCGUUUCAACGGGCAGCGUUAUAAUCAUACCAAGGUCAAUACACCGAACGAGCGUACAAACCCACGUAAUUUAACGUUUUAGGCUGGGUACUGAAUUCGGAGACGGGGAAAUCACCACCAGAAGCUGAAGAUGGAGGGGGUGAUGCAGGGGAUGCAAGCAUACGGAGCGGGUAAGGCUGGAGGAGCCUUCGACCCUUUGACGUUCUUUCAACAGCCUCAAACUAUCCUUCGGAUUGUGUGCUGGCUCUUCUCCAUCGUGAUCUUUGGCUGUAUAGCCAACGAGGGCUAUGUGAACCGGCCUGACGAGAUUGAGGAGUUCUGCAUCUUCAACAGGAACCAGAAUGCCUGUAACUAUGCCGUGGGGAUGGGCACCCUAGCUUUCCUAAGUUGUGCUGCCUUCCUGGCCCUGGAUGUCUACUUCCCCCAGAUCAGCAGCGUCAAGGACCGCAAGAAGGCUGUGCUUGCUGACAUCGGAGUGUCUGCAUUCUGGUCGUUUGUCUGGUUUGUGGGGUUCUGUUUCCUGGCCAACCAGUGGCAGGUUGCCAAGGAGGAGGACAACCCUUUAAGGGAGGGCGCGGACGCAGCCCGAGCCGCCAUUACCUUCGCCUUCUUCUCCAUCUUCACCUGGGCGGUGCAGGCCUUCCUGGGCUUUCAGAAGUACAAGCUGGGGGCUGACUCGGCCCUCUUCUCCCAGGAGUAUGUUGACCCUACCGCCGACCCCAACGCUGCGGCCCCCAUGGGCACUGACUACACGGGCUACACCACCGACAUUGACCCCGCGGCCAGCACAGAGCUAGCCUUUGACGGCUCCGCUGGCUACCAGGGCCAGGAAUACUGAGCCAGAGGGCCAAGGGAGGAGGAGAAGGCCCAGGGAGGGGUAUUCAGCAUCAGGGGUGGUUUAAGGGGACAUGUUUGUGGCUUAUGGGCCAUGGGGUGGCUUAAAGGUAGCCGAGUCCCAGAUCUGUUUGUGUUAGGUGUGAUAAUGAAAUACAGAGCCUUCAGAAAGUAUUCAAGCCCUUUGACUUUUUCCACAUUUUGUGGUGUUACAGCCUAAAUUUCAAAUAGAUUAAACUUAGAUUGUGUCACUGGCCUACACAUAGUAGCCCAUCAUGUCAAAGUAGAAUUAUGUUUUUAGAAAUGUUUACAUAUUUAAAAAAUUCAAGCUGAAAUGUCUUGAGUAAAUAUGUAUUCAACCCUUUUUUUAUGGCAAGCCUAAAUAAGUUCAGGAGCAAAAAUUUGCUUCGUUUGAGCAUGGUGAAUUUAUUAAUUAGACUUUGCAUGUUGUAUCAAUACACCCAGUCACUUUAAAGACACAGGCAUCCUCCUAACUCAAGGAAUCCACUCAGAGAUUUCACCACAAGGCCAAUGGUGACGUUAAAACAGUUAGAGUUUAAUGGCAGUGAUAGGGGAGAACUGAGAAUGGAUCAACAACAUUGUAGUCACUCCAUAAUACUAACCUAAAUUAUAGAGUGAAAAGGAGGCCUGUACAGAAUUCAAAUAUUCCUGUUUGCAAUAAGGCACUAAAGUAAAACCUGCAAAAAAUGUGUCAAAGAAAUGAACUUUAUGUCCUGAAUACAAAGUGUUAUGUUUGGGGUAAAUCCAACAAAAAAUAGCACUGACCACCACAUUAUUCAUGUUUUCAAGGAUGGUGGUGGUGUCUGCAACAUGUUAUGUGUAUGCUUGUCAUCGGCAAGGACUAGGGAGUUUUUACAUUUUUUUAUAUAAAAAUAAAUGGAAUAGAGCUAAGCACAGGCAAAAUAUUAGAGGAAAACCUGGUUCAGUCUGCUUUCCAACAUACACAGGGAGACAAAUUCACCUUUCAGCAGGACAAUAACCUAAAUCACAAGGGAAAAUAUACACUGGUGUUGCUUACCAAGACGGCAUUGAAUGUUCCUUAAUGGCCUAGUUACAAUUUUGACUUAAAUCAACUUGAACAUCUAUGACAAGACUUGAAAAGGCUGUCUAGCAAUGAUCAACAACCAACUGGACAGCGCUAGAAGAAUUUAAAAAAUAAUAAUGUGCGAAUAUUGUACAAUUAAGGUGUGCAAAGCUCUUAGACUUACCCAGAAAGACUCAUAGCUGUAAUCGCUGCCAAAGGAUCUAACAUGUAUAGACUCAGGGGAGUAAAUACUUAUGUAAAUUAGAUAUUUCUGUAUUUAAUUUUCAAUACAUUUCCUAAACUUUUUAAAAACAUGUUUUAACUUUGUCAUUAUAAGGUACAUUAUUUAAUCAAUUUUGAAUUCAGGCUGUAACACAACAAAAUGUGGAAUAAAUCGAGGGCUAUGAAUACUUUCUGAAGGCACUGUAGGAGUUGGCAAGAUAGCACUAACAGAUCUGAGACUUGAAUAGCUGUCAGGAACUUUGGGUGGCUAACGGGGUGGGACAGGAUCAAGGGUUGGUAAUCACUGUGUGUGUGAGUGAGUGCUACAACAUUGCCGGCGAGGUGAAGGCAGGGUAUGGGGGAGAGUGAGGGAAUUCUCAGAGACCAUGGUCGGUGUAUGUGUCGGUGUCCGGGAGCAGUUUGCCUUUAGUGUGGGGGGGUGCAGUUUUGGUUGGCCACCUCCAUGGGAUCAGACAGAGUUCUAACCAGAAGAGGGGUUCUUUGCUGCAGCCUUAAUUCACUUGUGUGUGUCCCAAUUGUCCACCCUUCUCCCAAAGUGUGCACCUGCAUACUCCCCAUCAUGGAUAAAAUGGGAUUGGUGUAAGCAUUGGCUGGAAGGAGUUUCCACCAACCCUUGAUGGGGAGUGCGCAAAUGUUCACUUUGGGAGAAAGGUGGAGAAUCGGGAUGCAGCCUUGGAACUCAUACACACCUAUACUCCCACAUAUAUCAACACAAAUUAAAGAAGGAACCUUAGGAAUGCAAUUGGUGUGCAUAACUUCUUUCUGGCAAACAUAAAGGGACUAGUCGCCUGAUGAUAUAGGUGAUGAGACCUGAACAACACAAGUCAUACUUAACACCACUGUGUUUUGUGGGCCUCAACACUGUGGCCCGGUCAUUGCACAAUGACCUAGGACCUGCUUGCCAUAUCUUUUCUGCCAGUUUAGCUUUCUUUGUUUGGUGUCUACUCUUGGUCAUGGAGGACUGCAUUGUUUAAUGUUUUCUGCCUAUCUAUGCCAAGUUAACACCCAAGCCAAACCCAGUGUUAACAGUGCUAAAUCUGGAAGGUUAUCCCAUCAUACAGGCCAAAGGACAGGGUAUGACAUACAGGAACCGAACAACUAACAGUAAAGCACAACUAUAGACAAGCCACAAUUACACAAAUUGAGCUGUUACAGAUGUGUAACCAAAUUCUAUAAUGAUGACAUGAAAGCACCAAUAAAGAAGACCGACGUACAUAACCAACUUAAAAGCCAAGGCCUUUUCCACCAAUAACCAACCCCCAUGCACCAACGUUGACAGCCAACCAAAAUGUGACCAACACUGGCUUGACACUAGUAACUGACAGAGUAUGUCCUUAAAAUCAAAGUGAGAAUGUCAAUUGCAUACCACUGUCCUCUCUCCUCACCUUCUCAAAACCUAUUGGAGGAGAAAGUCAGAGGGGUGGGAUCUCUGGUUUUCUCAUCCAAUGGGAGAGAAGGAGGUGAGGAGAGAGGACACGAGGAGUAUACAAUUGAGAUUCUCCCAAAGUGGCCUCGGAAGCCUCUCAUUUCACUUAGCACUAGAAUACCAGCAGUUGAUUUCAGACAGACCAGUGCUUGUUAUCUCUUCAUGCCAACAGCUGAAGACCUUAGUGAUUUCUUUUUCCAAAUGUUCGUAAUGAUCCAUGUAUGUGUGACUGAGUGUUUUUUUUUCAAGGCAAAACAUGCUAAAAAAUUGUAUAUAUAUUCAACAAUUAUUUGUUUGAGAUUUUUAAGUAUAUAUAUGAUACCAGUCCAAAGUUUGGACACACCUACUCAUUCAAGGGUUUUUCUUUAUUUUUACUAUUUUCUACAUUGUGGAAUAAUAGCGAAGACAUCAAAACUAUGAAAUAACACGUGGAAUCAUGUAGUAACCAAAAAAGAGUGUGCAAAGCUAUCAUCAAGGCAAAGGGUGGCUACUUUGAAGAAUCUCAAAUAUAAAAUAUAUUUAGAUUUUGGUUACUACAUGAUUGUGUUAUUUCAUAGUUUUGAUGUCUUCACUAUUAUUCUACAAUGUAGACAAUAGUAAGAAUAAAGAAAAUUCUUGAAUGAGUAGGUGUGUCCAAACAUUUGACUGGUAAUGUAUAUACUACAGAUAUUAUGAAAAAACAGGACAUUUUUAUUUUGUGGCAUACAUAACAAAUGUGUAAUUAUAUAUGUAUGAAAUAACAUUUUUAAUACUUUAUUAUUAACCAUAUAUUACUGUUAUAAACUUAGAUAAUAUAUUGUACCUAUUAUUAAACUAGCAUAUGUCUAUAUGUAUUAAUGCAUUUAAAGUGUGUGUGUUUCAAAGUAACUGACAUCUUCGGCUUUCAUUGUGUGAGGUACGCAUUGUUUUCUGAAUCAGGAAACAUUUUCUUUGUCAUGUUUUACUGUUGCAAACCUUUCUGGGGUGAAACAUUUAGGUAAAACUUUGUUUGGAUAGUCCGAAGUAGAUGGGUUGUAGAUGGUCAGUAGAUGUUCAGUAACUGUCAACAACAUUUCAACUAACUAUCCACUAACCCUAACAUUAACCCUAAUCUUAACCCUUAUUCUAAACCUAACACUAACCUUAGCAGACAUUUGCUUAUCAAGAGGUACUUAGUUGAUACUAUAACCAUCUGUAGUUCCAUCUUUUGGGACUAUACAAAUAAAGUGUGACCAACAACGAUAAAUAAAAACUGGGAUAACGGGACAAAACUACCAAUUAUAUAGACAUUGUGUAAGAAUUAUGUGGUCUUUGUGUGCUACUACAGAGUUGAAAAAAAAAUAGUUGUAAUGCUUUUGAUGUAAUGAUUUUUGAUUAAAUUAAUCAGAUAAUUAAUUAGGGAUAAAUGUAAAUAAUUAUUUCCUGUUUGUUGCUUGUUUGUGAAAGAUCUGAUGUAGAUGUGGUGGACUUUGUCUGGAGACGAUCAAUAAAGGAAAAGCUGUGGUAUGGUUGAACUUGA